GUUGAACAAAGUGCACCUGCAUUUGAAUGCUGCUGAUUUUCACCAAGAAGCACAGCGGGGAGAGCAAACUUGCAGAAGCACUGAUCUGUGGGAGUUCUGAAGGCUGGAAAAGGCACAAAUCCCAGCGCUUUUAAGAUGAAGAUCUCUGAAAAUGUCUUCUUCCUUCUCUUGGUUCACGCUGCUCUCAGCCUGGAACGUGUGCGGUGGUGCACCAUGUCUAACCAAGAGCUUUCCAAGUGCAAGGACAUGAGUAACGCCUUUGCCGGGGCUGGCAUCCUUCCCCCUUUGGAAUGCAUGGAGGGAGAAUCAGCUGCUAACUGCGCCCAGAUGAUCAAGGACUACUUGGCAGAUGCAGUGACACUGGAUGGUCGUUGGAUUUACCAGGCUGGAAAGGAGUAUGGACUGAAACCUGUGGUUGGGGAAGUAUAUGAUCAAGAGAUUGGAACUUCAUACUAUGCCGUGGCUGUGGUAAGGAAGGGCUCCAACAUCACCAUCGACAGCUUGAAGGGCGUCCGCUCGUGUCACACGGGCAUCAACAGAACUGCAGGCUGGAACGUGCCCGUGGGUUACCUCAUGGACAGCGGGCGCCUGCCAGCAAUGGGAUGCGACCUCCCGAAAGCUGUUAGUGACUAUUUCAGUGCUAGCUGCAUUCCUGGAGCCAACAGUGCCAGCUAUCCCACAUCCCUCUGUCAGCUCUGCAAAGGGGAUUCAUCUGGGCAGAACAAAUGCCAAGCAAAUUCACAAGAGCAGUACUAUGACUACAGUGGGGCUUUCAGGUGUUUGGCUGAAGGUGCUGGAGAAGUUGCUUUUGUGAAGCACAGCACAGUGCCUGAAAAUACCGACGGAAGAACUCUUUCUACUUGGGCCCGGCAGCUUCGCUCCAAGGACUUCCAGCUUCUGUGCCGCAACGGCAGCACGGCUGAUGUAACAGAGUGGAGAACCUGCCACCUGGCCCGAGUCCCAGCUCGUGCUGUGGUUGUACGGCCGGACACAGAUGGGACAGCUGUCUUCCAGCUCCUGAACCAGGGACAACAAAGAUUUAAUGGUGUAGGCACCCAGUUUGAGAUGUUUGACUCCACAGCCUAUAGUGCCCAGAACCUUAUGUUCAGAGACUCCACCACAGAGCUCGUUGCAGUCACAUCUCAGAAUUACCAGGCAUGGUUGGGUGAUGAGUAUCUUCAUGUCAUGCAGGCCCUGAGCUGUGACCCCAACACAUUGCCAGAAAGCCUGAACUGGUGCGUUGUUUCCACUGAGGAGAUUUGGAAAUGUGGUGAAAUGGGGACUGCCUUUAGGAAUAAGGAUUUGAAACCAGAAAUCCAGUGUAUUUCAGCCAAGACAAAAGAAGAAUGCAUGGAGAUGAUCCAGAAAAAAGAAGUUGAUGUUGUAGCUUUGGGUGGAGCUGAUAUUUACAUUGCUGGGAAGACAUACGGCCUUGUACCAGCUGCUGGAGAAAGCUUCUCUGCUGAAGACAACAAUAAUGCAUACUAUGCUGUGGCAUUAGUGAAACGGAAUCCAUCCAAUGCAUUCACCAUCAAUGACCUGAAAGGGAAGAAAUCCUGCCACACAGGACUGGGGAGAACUGCUGGAUGGAAUAUCCCCAUUGGCGUGCUAAUUAAGAAAGGCUUUAUUAAUCCCAGAGACUGUAAUAUUCCUCAAGCUGUGAGUGAGUUUUUUUCUGCCAGCUGUGUGCCUUCGGCUGAGCAGGAUAAUUACCCAUCAACGCUCUGUCAACUGUGUAUUGGAGAUAAUAGUGGAAACAACAAAUGCAGUGCAAGUAGCCAAGAACGGUAUUACAGCUACAGUGGAGCCUUCAGGUGCCUGGCAGAGGACGCUGGGGAUGUGGCCUUUGUGAAGCACUCAACAGUGUUUGAGAACACAGAUGGUAAGAACACUGAAAGUUGGGCCCGUGACUUGAAGUCCAGCGAUUUCCAGUUACUGUGCCGGAAUGGGGCCCGUGCUGAAGUCACUCAGUUUGCUCAAUGUCACCUGGCUCGGGUGCCAGCUCAGGCCAUUAUGGUUCACCCAGACACCAACAUUUUUGCUCUGUAUGGACUACUGGACAAAGCUCAGGACUAUUUUGGAAAUAACAGCAACAGAAAUGGAUUCAAAAUGUUUGAUUCUUCAGCUUUUCAAGGAAAAGACUUGAUCUUUACGGAUUCUGCAGAGAAGAUAGUGCCAGUAGAAGAGAGGAGGACAUAUGCAGAAUGGCUGGGGAGUGAAUAUGUUGAGUCCCUUGAAGGGAUGCAAACACCACAGUGCUCUGGGGCAGGUAAUAAGUUAAUACAGCAACACCUACUAGUCAUUACUUUUGUUCCCUUCAUUAUUUUAGGUCAGUUACAGGGCCUGGGCUAACUUGGUCUAAAUGGCAACUUCCAGGCCACUCCUGGCCUAGCAACUUUUCUUCAGAUGAGCUGCUGUCUGGAUAAUAUGUUGUGCUAACAUUUUAAAGCCUCUUCCUGCCACUUUGCAGGCAAGGUGCUUAUACCAUUUGCUCAUUGGGAAGUGGGGUGGAACUGGAAGCUGCCACUGUUCAUGUGGAUGGGGUGGAAUUUGAGGCAGAAACCAUCAGCACUGUGCCAACAUGGCUUACAAGAUCAGUCCAAAUUGAAGUACUUCUGUCAUCAUUGCUGAUGUUGAAUGAUGCUGGGCUGAAGGACUGCCAAGUGCUGUUAGAUAGAUACUGGGUUUUUGAUCUGUAGAAAAUUUCUGCAUCUUGGAAGGCAGUAUUAAAGUCUUGUCUAGAGAUCCA